ACUGCAGACACAAGAAGUCUCCCCAUGGCACCUCAUCACAUCCGCAAAUACCAGGAGACUGACCACAAAAGGGUCCUGGACUUGUUUUCCAAAGGGAUGAUUGAGCAUGUCCCUGCCACCUUUCGCCACAUACUGAAGUUGCCACAAACAUUCCUGUUCUUACUUGGGGUGCCUGUCACCCUACUCCUGGCCUCUGGCUCUUGGCUCCUGGCUCUUGGAUCCGAUGUCACCCUCCUUGUUUUCCUCUGGCUGCUGGCCAGACAGCCUUGGAGGCAGUACGUGGUCAUGUGUUUGCAGACAGACCUUGCUGACAUUACCAAAUCCUACCUGAGGGCCCGUGAUUCCUGCUUCUGGGUGGCUGAAUCUGGGGGCCAGGUAGCAGGCAUAGUGGGUGCUUUGCCAGUGGAGGAUGUCCCCCCAGGGAGGAAGCAACUGCAGCUGUUUCACCUCUCUGUGGCCUUGGAGCACCGAGGUGAAGGACUAGGGAAAGCCCUGGUCAUGACUGUCCUCCAGUUUGCGAGGGCUCAGGGCUUCAGUGAGGUUGUCCUUGAUACUAGCAUUGUACAGGAGGCUGCUCUGACUCUUUACCUGCGCAUGGGCUUCCAGAAGACAGGAGAGUACUUCUUUUCUAAGGUCUUUAGACUACUGGGCAUUUAUAUGAUUCAUUUAACUUACUUCUUCCCAUCUGCACAGGAGGGAAGCCUGUGAGCUAUUGCCUUGUGUACCAGUCAGGAUCUGAUUGACAAUUCUGUAGCUUCUAUUCCAUUCAGUGCUUCUAGGUGACCGUGAUUCAGGUGUCUAGCACCAUAGUAAUGCUGUAUUAAUAAAAAGCCAAACAAU